AUGGCGAGUCGACAAGAGUCCUCGGGCCAUGGCUCUCGUAGGUCUGGCACCCAAAACAUAGGCCAGUUUGUCAUCGACAGGGAAAUCGGCAAGGGCUCCUUUGCCCAGGUCUACAUGGGAUGGCACAAGGAAACCAAAGCUGCCGUUGCUGUCAAAUCUGUCGACCUCGAACGAUUAAAUAAGAAACUGAAGGAGAACCUCUACUCGGAAAUCACCAUCCUCAAAACCCUCCGCCACCCGCAUAUUGUAGCCUUGCAUGACUGCCUCGAAUCAUCAAAACACAUCAACCUCAUCAUGGAGUACUGCGAGCUCGGUGACUUGUCCCUCUUCAUCAAGAAGCGCGACAAGCUCAUCACACACCCUGCCACCCACGACAUGGCCCGUAAAUAUCCCAGCGCUCCCAACUCGGGUCUCAACGAGGUAGUCAUCCGCCAUUUCCUUAAACAGCUCUCGAGCGCGCUAGAGUUUCUUCGCAGCAAAAAUUACAUCCACAGAGAUGUCAAGCCCCAAAACUUGCUGCUCUUGCCAGCACAAGCAUUCCGUGAUCAGCGAGCACUGCCCAUCAUGGAAGCCAGCCAGGACUCGCUGAUCCCCAUGUCUGGGCUGGCAUCAUUGCCUAUGCUCAAGCUUGCCGAUUUUGGAUUUGCGAGAGUCUUGCCUGCGACGUCGUUGGCCGAGACCCUCUGCGGUUCUCCUCUCUACAUGGCGCCAGAGAUUCUUCGUUACGAAAAGUACGACGCCAAAGCCGAUCUUUGGUCUGUCGGCACUGUUCUCUACGAAAUGGUUACAGGGCGACCCCCAUUCCGCGCGAGAAACCAUGUGGAGCUGCUCCGCAAGAUCGAGGCUGCCGAAGAUGUCAUCAAGUUCCCACGAGAAGUGCAGGUCUCGGCCGAAAUGAAGGCUCUUAUUCGCAGCUUGCUCAAGAGAAGUCCCGUCGAGCGCCUCAGCUUCGAAAACCUCUUCCUCAACAACAUCAUUACUGGUGAUAUCCCCGGUCUGGUCGAGGACGAUCUCCCCAGGCCACCUGUUAAGCGCGAGCUCGAGACUAUCCAUCAGGGUGAGGAACUCCCGCCCUCUCCCCGUCCAUCCUCUAUGCGAAACAUUAGCCACGAAAUGGGAAGAUCCCCGAGAUCUCCCAGAGAAGGCGCUCUCCGCCCAAACCAAGGCAGCCCAAGGGAUAUCGCUGGAAGACGACCAUCAGACCCUCGCGGGUCUGGAUCUCCAAGAGACACAGAUGGUCUUGGCAUCCAACGUGGCUCGCCUCAGUAUGCAUCUUCGCUGCCGACACACAUUCGCUCAACCGGUAGAACAGCAGCACCUGAUACUACUUUGUCGAAAAGCCCACGUGCCAGUGUUGAUGCCGGUGGCAAGGACUUGACCGACUCGGAGCGUGCUGCUCAAGAUGUCAUGUUUGAACGAGACUAUGUCGUCGUCGAGCGCAGGCAUGUCGAGGUAAAUGCUCUGGCAGACGAGCUCGCUGCCAACGAGAGAUUAGCUGCGCAGACUACGCCUCCCCGCUCAGCGGCAAUGGCCCGUCGAAACACCCAGCAGGGAGCACCUACAUCCACAACUGGAGCCAUCCCAACCCCAACCUCUCGAACAGCUCUCAUUGCCCAAGGCCACGGACAUGAUCGACGUGCUUCCUACGAAAAGGGACUCUCCGUCAGCCCCAAUUCUACGUCUAGCACCAUCUCCAAGGCAAUUCAAGAUGCUAGCUUGCGCUUGUUCGGAUACAAGGUCAACCCCAUUCGAUCCAAGGGCCACUCUCCGCCUAUGUACCACCCCUUCCCCGCCUACCCAACACCCUCGACGGGUGGCAUGCUUGGAGAUGGCCGAUCCAACCCAUCCACUGAUGAAGAUGUACAAGCUGCGCAGACUAUUGAGGAUUUUGCCACCCGAAGCGAUUGCGUCUACGGAUUUGCUGAAGUCAAGUAUAAGCAGCUCGUGCCCAUGGCUCCGUCCAUGGACUUUGGGCUUGGUGGCGUCGGUGUCGACCAAAUGUCCAACGAUGAGGACGGCUUGACCCUGGAGGCUAUUGUGGCUCUGUCGGAAGAGGCUCUUGUUUUGUACGUCAAGUCUCUCACUCUUCUUGCCCGCGCCAUGGAUAUCGCUAGUGUUUGGUGGUCCACCAAGAGCCGUGCAGAGACAGCCACCGGUCUUAGCGCCACUGCAGCACAGUCCAUUGUUCAGCGCAUUAAUGCUGUGGUGCAGUGGGUGCGACAGCGGUUCAACGAGGUGCUGGAAAAGUCGGAAAUUGUUCGCCUCAAGUUGAUUGAAGCGCAAAAGCUGCUGCCAGAGGACCACCCGAGCCACCCAUCUAACCAGGGGACAGACUCGAUGGCGUCUUCUACAGCCAGCCACAAGCAAGUGUUCCUGACUCCUGGUAUCAGCGCUGAGAAGCUCAUGUACGACCGAGCUGUGGAGAUGAGCCGCGCAGCUGCCAUUGACGAGGUGACCAACGAGAACCUGCCCGGCUGCGAGAUUUCAUACAUGACGGCUAUCCGCAUGCUCGAGGCAGUCCUCGACAACGACGACGCGCCAUCCAACCGACGCCUUUCGUCGGGCAAGGAGCGCAUGAGAGAUAUCAAGGAGAGCAACAACGAUCUCGAUAGCGACGAGGAGGCGCACGUUCGAAAGAUGAUCAAAAUGAUUACUGGCCGGCUGGCCACUGUACGCAAAAAGCAGCAGAUGAUUGCCGAGGCCAACAAGACGCAAGCACGGGAACGCCGUAUGAGCGGCGAUGUGACCCCGCGAAGCGUCCCUUCGUCCACCUAA